CGGCAUGAGCGCGUGCUUAGAGCUACUCUUUCUAAAAAUCUUUUGCUACAGUUGCAAAGAAACAAAAAUCAACUCGGCUCGCCUCUCUCAUUCUCACUCUCGGUCUCUCUCUCUCUCUUAUUCUUAUCACCCUCAAUCUCUUGCUCGCUGACACGGCAGGGUCAAAUUUAUACCAUGAAGAGGACUAUCCCAUGGAGUGAUGAGGAGGAUGAUUCAUCGGACGAUGAAUCAUUGUCUUCACAUUCAGACUCCGGAUCUGAAGAUGGGGUUGACAAGAAAAAGGCAAAGGCUCCAUCAAAACAUUCCAAAGAAAAAAAUUCGAAAGCUAAAUCUAGAAAGCAAAAAACUGGAGUUUUGGACUUUGAAGAAUUGAAGCGACGUGGUUAUAAAGGUGGACCAUCAAUCUUGAGCGUGCCUCCACCAAAAGAAGAUGACAAGCAGGACUGGUCAUGGUCUACCGGUAAGGAAAGUCGUGAAACCAAGGAGACUGAAGAGUCUUAUGAAGAACGACAGAAAACAAGAGCUGCAUUAGCCUCUGGAGAGCAGCUGGUGAGUGUGGAAACUCGGAAAGACAGGAAGAACCUUUCUUUCUCUCAAAAGGAAAAGAGGAAAAGAGAGCUUGGUCAAGCUAGUAGGGGAAAGAAUUAUGUGGAAGAAGAGAAGAGGUUGUUGAGGGAGAAUGGCAUCUAUUCUGGUUUUGAUGCUUGAACUGUGAUGCUUGUAGCCAUUGAGUUUCAUUAUGUAUAAUACGUGGAAACUAAUAUUAUUUGUCU